AUGACAGGUUUAUGCGCUACGGAUAAAGGGUCGAGAAACAACGAGAACAGGAGAGGUGAGAAGAUUCCGGAUGCUAGUACCGAUUCGGCUCAAGCUGCAGAGUGCAAGAAAAGGGAUAUCAAACUUGAUGUGGAUAUUAUUCAGGAGUUGCACAGUUUGAAGCAAUCUCAGACUGUUGAAAUGUAUCAGAAGACGUUUGAGAAGACGAGGGAAGCUCUAAUAGCCUUGAAUUAUGAGUUCACUGAAGAGGACUUCAUUUCCAGCUUUCUUAGUGGGCUGAAGGAAGAAAUCAGGGGAUUGGUUUUGGAUGCCAAACCAAAGACUCUGGAUGAUGCUUUCGGCCUUGCACAAACAGCGGAAGUAGAUGUUGAAUUCAAGAUGGAGACGUUAAGCUCACCAUCAAAAACCAGGAUUACUCAAGACAAAGAGGAAACUUCACCUUAUGAUACAAGCGAUUGUUAUUGCACAUAUGGUCACCCGCUAAGGUUUUAUGGUUUAAUAGGAGAAAGGGCUUUUAGGAUCAGUUGCCAUAAUGGCAUUGAGUGCACCUUGCUCGAUACCAAAGUCGCAAUAUUGGUAGGAUGCAAGAUAGAGGAGACCGAACCUCUGCUAGUGAACUUUGUUCAUGGUGGCUAUAAGGCCUUGAGCAGGUUCAAAUCAAGGAUUCAGUGGACGACUCAGGGACACGAAUUCGAAGCCGAUGUCAGGAUCGUGAACUUGGGCGCGAUGGACAUGGUGCUAGGAACUCGUUGGUUACGCGAUCACCGCUUCAGAAUUGAUGUGGUGGCUGGAAACAGCGCCGAACUUGUCGAAGAAGGAAAGCGAGUUGUGUUGCAGAUACCUGAACAGAACACCAAUGAAGUCGUUCCUCCUUUAAUAAUACAUGUAAUUCCACAGAUGCAAGCAAUACCAUUGGGAUUCCGUGGUUAUUGA